GAAAUUGUGGUUUUGUGGCUUGGCAGAUCCUCCUCAGUAGCCAGUAGAUUUCACCAGUUCCCUACUGUUCUUCGGAGAUGGGAACCACCAGUCACUGACCAGUAUUUUUUGUCUUUUUCAAUAACGCAUUGCAAAUGUGGAUCACUGCCAAACUGCUUCUGAAGGUUUGGAAACUGAAAAGCCUAAUGGUGUGAAGUGUCCCUUUGCCCUCCACCCACCCCAUUUGUUUCUCUUUUGAGUUGAAAGCUCAAAAUUAAACACAGUUCCUUUGAAAGGAGAGACAAUCAGCUUUUGUGGACUAUGCUGAUACAUUUUCAUUUCAGCAUUCUUUCCCCAGCACUGCCUGAACAUUGGGAAAGCCAACGCCUAGAAAUAUUUUUCUCAACCUCCAAUACUUUUUUGACACUGUGUAAUAAUGCCACAUUUCCUAACUAGAUAGUGGUCAUUAAGGAUCCUGGUUGAUUUCUUAAUGCACACAAGAGAAGGACUGGUCUGAGCAUGCUAAAGGGAAACGGAGAAAAGGAGCAUAAAAAAAGUGCACAGGGUCCGCUUCUGGAUCAUUGAACACCACUUUGCACAGUCAGCGGUGCCAGGGUCGAAUUGGUGAUCAAUGCAAAAAAGUGGUGAAAACAGGGGGGCAGAAAGCAGUGACUGAUAACAUCAAGAGUCUCCAAAAAUUGUCCAUAGAUUUGGUUCCAGAAUGCUGAAAGAAGCUUCCACUACACUCCAAGAAUGGUUGCAGCUAUCCUGGCCUCAGGAUAAAAUCCAUCUUCAUACUGCCAUGGUUCUGACCUGUGGUUCAGCUGCAGCUUAUUUGGUACUGAAAUGGUUAGGCCAGAAAAGGAUGAAAAAACAAAUAGAAGAAACAAGAAGGCAAAGGGAUCAUGGCUUGAUAGAAAUGGAAAAAUCAGUGCAGACAUUUAAAAACCAGAACCCUGGGUUACCAAGUGAUGACAUCCUUUCUCUACCUCUGGUAGAACUAGUUAAGAAGCUGAAAGAAGACGCUUUGUCUCCAGAUGUUGUCCUCUACACCUACAUGGAAAAGGCUUUAACGGUCACCAAGGAGGUGAACUGUGUGCGCCAUUUUAUUCCAGAAUGUGAGCCAUUUCUUCAGCAGCUGAAAAACCAGAAGGAAAAAGGUUUAUUGUAUGGGGUACCCGUCAGCAUCAAAGACCACAUUGCAUACAAGGGCCAUUUGACAACAUGCGGCUUUUCUCAUUUUCUUGAUGUGGAAGAAGACGACAGUGUGUUGGUCAAGGUAUUAAAGAAACAGGGAGCAAUUCCAUUUGUAUUCACCAAUGUGCCACAAUCUUUAUUCAACUAUGACUGCAGCAAUGUGGUUUUUGGGCAGACUGUGAACCCUUUGGAUCAUAAGAGAACUCCUGGGGGCUCAUCUGGAGGGGAAGGGACUCUAAUUGCUGGAGGAGGUUCCAUUUUGGGAUUUGGAUCAGAUUUGGGGGGAAGUAUCCGUCUACCCUCCAGCUUCUGUGGUCUUUGUGGGCUGAAGCCAACUGCAGGUAGAUUGAGUGUUUCUGGAGUAAAGGAGCCUUUUCAUCUUAUGUUAAUUUUAGCAGCAAUAGGACCAAUGGCAAAGGAUGUGGAUAGUCUUGCUCUAUGCAUGAAGGCUCUCUUAUGUGAUUACAUGUUCCAGCUGGAUCCUACUGUGCCACCUAUGCCAUUCAAUGAAGAGAUUUAUUCAAGCUCUACACCUCUACGAAUUGGGUAUUAUGACACAGAUGGCUAUUUCCUGCUCCCAUCCUGCAUGAGAAGGGCUGUGGAUGAAACCAGGAAGCUUCUUCAAGAAGCUGGCCAUACACUAGUUCCCUUCAACCCACCUUCUGUGGAUUAUGUUGUCGAUGAAAUUUUUCUGAAAAGUGCUUUUGCAGAUGGAGGCUCAAGUCUUUCGGCCUUGUUUCAAAAAGAUAUAGUGGAUCCAGCUUUGAAAGACCUGGCGAAAGUGCUUAAAAUCCCAACGUUGGUGAAGAAAGUUUUGGCCAAGUUCAUCAAGAUCUGGUUUCCCCGACUGGCUGGGCAGCUGAAUGCAUUGUGCGGAGUGAGGAAUGUGAAGGAUCUAUGGGAGAUCCAAAAUGAAUUGAUGGUCUAUCAGAAAAAGUUUAUUGAGCAUUGGAGAAAAAACAAACUUGAUGUUGUCCUGUGUCCAGUUAUGGGUCCUGCCUUCUUUCUUGGAUAUCCUUCAAAAAUACUUGGUGCUAUCUCUUAUACCAUGCUGUACAAUGUUUUGAACUUCCCUGCUGGAGUUGUACCAGUCACCAGAGUUACAGAAGCAGAUGAAGAAGAGAUGGCACAACACUGUGAAAUCUAUGGUGAUUCCUGGGAUAGGACCCUGAAAAAGGCAGUAGAAGGUGCUGUUGGGCUUCCUGUGGCAGUUCAAUGUGUAGCUUUACCAUGGCAGGAGGAAUUAUGCCUUCGGUUCAUGAAAGAAGUCGAGAUGCUGUCCAACAAAGAGCAACAUAAGAAAGCCAUCUGAACCUGAUAAGCAAUUUGGCAGAUCAAGGGUGCAUCUGGACUUAUAAAAAUGAUAGAAUAUCAAGGAAUCUCUGACGCAAGUUUGAUCCCAGAAUAUUCAUUGGUCUGUCAAAGGGGUCACCUUUUGUACGAAUUAUCCACCAUUGCAAAUUGCCGUGAAACACUGAUCCUCUUUUUUUGUAUUUUAUGUGCCUAACUGAGGCAUUUCUCUUUCUACUCAUUCACCUUUACGGGAGAGGGAUGGGUGGACAUUCAUGCUUUCUGUCUUCUACCAUAUUCCCAUCCUUCAUCUGCACUGCAUAGAAAAAAAUAAUGAAAUUAAAAGACUUUCCUUGCAAUAUAAAGUAUACCAAGAUCAAAUUGUACAUCGGUUAGAAGUUUUGCUUGAUUUGUGUAGGCUCCUUAAAUAAUUGAGAACCCAGACAGCCAAUGGUUCUAAGUUAGAGAUGGAGACUAUAUGAGUUCAGAAGGUUUCACUUCAAUAUCUUUUUUCUUCUGACCAAUAGAGGGGAUCUUCUCUCAGUUAGUUGUACAUGCACAAGGUUCAACACUGCUACAGUAUGUGAUGUUAUUUAGUAUCCUAUUUGUGGAAUCCUUGGUGUUCUCUUAGUUAUUUGCUUCCAGACAUUUCAUUACCUGACUAGGUAACAUCAUCAGUGAUAGGGAAUGUGAGAUCUGCCUCCUGUUAUGCAGUAUGGAGUAGUUUUCCUCUUAGUGUCAGUGGAGUAUGGUUUUCUCUCUGGUAGUUCUUUGAUUAGGGUAUUGUUUUCUGCUUGAUUGUUUGUGAGGUGUUAAUCCUUGCUUAUCUGGGGAUAAGCUGCUAGAGAGGAUGUAUUCUGGUCUUUUUGUUUCUUUCUUGGUUGUCUCUUUUGAAUGGUAUGUAAAAUUGGUUUAUUUCUAUGUGUCUAUUGAUGGCUUAUUUGGCUGAAUGGCAGGCUUCCAGGAAUUCAGUAGCAUUUUGUGGGUUUUAAAUUUGGGGUAAUAUCACUUCUAUUGAAUGACUGAAAAACUCAUGUUCCAAUUCCAAUACUCUACCAAUCACAAUCAUAUUAAGUGCAAGGAUUCAAUCCAGUUACUGACUUGGAAUAUUGCUGGCUGGGAGAACAAAGUAACCGAUGAGGACUGGUGAAGUUCUUCUUUAAUCUUGAUUUCAUAGCACUCCAGGAGACAUAGGGGACUACAAAUGAGGAAACAUUUCAGUUAGUCCAGAAUGCAGCUGCGCGGGUGAUAGAAGGAGCUCCGCGUAGCUCCCAUAUAACACCGCUCCUGCGCAGACUGCACUGGCUACCUGUGGCCUUUCGAGUGCACUUUAAGGUGUUGGUUACUACCUUUAAAGCGCUCCAUGGCUUAGGGCCUGGGUACUUACGGGACCGCCUGCUGUUACCACAUGCCUCCC